UCUCCGAGCUGCUCAGCCCGACUAACUCGAUACAUGGAGAAGAUACAGACUACACGCUUGGAGGAGAUACCGGAGCUUCAAAAACAGGAAUCAGGAUGGUGUAUACUACGGCUCUUCUCUUCGGACACGGAGUUCCCGUCAUAUCAGAGGACCAAAGUGUCAUGGACAUGAUCGGAAAAUACUUUUCACAGCUCACAUCUCCGGGCCAACAGACGAGCCCGGGCCGACGGGGCAGUGUCGAAAGCUGCGAUGAGACCGAUUACAACAACUCUCCUUUUGCAAACUUGGAGGCCGGUCUGGACUACGAAGAGAAGCAGGAUAUUACCCAGCAGAUCGAGCGCUGUCUGACAGAGGCCAAAGCAUCCACCCUCCACUGCCAGGUGCUGCUCCUGCCUCACCACAUGACCACCAGGGUGGGCCAGGAUGUGGUGCGAUCCUCUGCUGAUGAGCCCUGUGGGCUCCGGGGCGCCUCCAUCAGGGUCUACGUGCAGGGCAAAGAUGUCCUGAAGUCUGUGGGGAGCAUCUCCCCAGACCCAAGUGUGACCCCGACGUUUGAGCUGUCUGUGAUCUUCAAGGCAGACGAGAGAGACGGCUGGCCGUCACUCAAGCGCAUUUUUGAUACCAACAAAGUGUUGAAGCUGAGACCGGAGUACAGGCUGGUGAAGAGGAAGCUCUACUCCUCUGCCAGCCCUGUUAUUCAUGAUUUCAGCUAGGGCUCCAGUUCAGAAAACCCUCACUUUGAUUCUUUGUUUCAUUCUUUUUUAAUUUGGACUGUACUGGAGUCCCCUGAUAUAUUUAGCUCUACAGAGGAUUGUUCUUUCUCUUGUAUGAAUGUUUGACAAA